UGACUAAAAUGGGCUUUCAUACACAUGUGUGACGAUUGUAAUCAAGUUAAAGUUCCUUUUGAAGUAUUUUUAACUUGUUCUCCACUAGAAGUGAAAGCGUGGCGGUCCUUUCCACCUCCCGUGCGGUUAUAAAAAGGCCGCCGUUGUUGUUUGGAUUGUAACUGGACUCCUGGCCGGCUGCAGGACGAGCCGCUCGGCCAACCGACGCGACUAUUCUCGGACCCUUUGUUGUGCUGACGGUCGUACGGGCUGACGACAUGUGGAAGGUCAAACCUCCGGUUGCCUUUCCAAUGGAGACGAGGUACCAGACAAUUUUGGAGAGCCUGGUUCCCCCAGACCCCAUGUCCCACUUCCACCUGAGGAGAUUCUCUCCCGACGAGGAGUUUCCGGACCUGAACAGGAACUCCACCUGGAUGGGACGGAUCCUCACACCGGCCAUGUACCGCCGGCAGUUCCACCGCUGCACCCACAGCGGGGUCAUCUUCGAUGACGUCAUCCGCCCGGGCCUCGAGGAACCAGGUGAUUGGUCCGCUCCCGUAUCCGUGGGCUGCGUCGCGGGCGACGCUCAGUGCUACGUGCUGUUCUGUGACUUCUUCGAUCGAGUCAUCGAGAUGCAUCACCAACACGAGAUCACCAGCCAGACGCCGGAGGCCGACUUCAACCACGACAACUUGAAGGGCUCUUGCGACUUGGACCCGUCGUACGCCGUACGCUGCGAGGUGAGUGUCGUCCGAGGCGUCGACGACUUCAGCUUCCCGACGCACUGCAGCCGAGGAGAGCGCAGGCAGCUCCUCGCGCUGGCCAGGAGAGCUCUGCAGCGGCUGCCGGGUCGACUCCACCUCCUGGAGGAGCUGAACCAGGAGCAGCAGCGGGAGCUGAACCUGGACCCUCCGUCCUCCUCUCUGUUCCGCAUCGGCGUGGCCCGGGACUGGCCCGACGCCAGGGCGGUCUGGGUCAGCGAAGAUGGCCGCCUGGUGGUCCGGGUCAACAUGGAGGACCACCUCAGACUGGUGUCCACGCGAGACGACGCCGACGUCGCCGAGGCCUUCAAGUGCGUCAGCACCAACCUGCAGAAGCUGGAGGCGUCCUACCGGGAGCUCAGACACCCGUUCAGCUGGAAGCAGCAGCUGGGCUGGGUGAGCAGCUCUCCGGCCGACGUGGGGACGGGCCUGAGGAUCCGGGUCCACCUCAGGCUGCAACACCUCCCCGGGCACAAGCGCCUGCAGGACGUCCUGCAGAGACUGAGGCUCCGCAUGGCGACAGAAUCCCCGGCGCUGCACUGCGUGAGCAACGCGGCGACCUUUGGCCUGAGCGAGGUGGCGCUGAGCCAGUUGGUGGUGGACGGGGUCAAACUGCUCGUCGCCAUGGAGACGAGGCUGGAGGGCGGCCGGGACAUCGACGAGCUCGUUCCCACGCAGAAGUAGAUCGGGACGAUGAUGACGAUGAUGAUGAUGAUUGGCUGGAGAACAGACGGACCGACCAAUCAGAAGGAAGCGUGAAACUAUUAGCUAUCAUAAGGCAAACACAUGCUAAACUAGAAAUACAAAAUUAUGAUAAUAGUCUGUUUGUUUUAAGAGUUACAGGAUUAGGUAUUUUAAUAUAUCAAUUAUCUUUAAAUUAAGGGGAUUUUAUUAAAAAAAUUAUCAUUUAUUUAAUCAAAUUGUGACUAUGUCCUUAUAUAAAAUCUCUAUUGGUAAAAUAAUCAAUUCGAACAACCCGUCAUUAAAUAAAACUAACAGGACGAUUAGCUCCCAAUUAGCUCUCAAUUAGUUCUCAUGAGAGCAACGUAUAAAUAAAACCUCUUUAAAUAUGUCGUCAAGAGAAUU